AUGGCCUCAAUUGCUCGCAGCAUGAGGGCAGUUCGCCCCUCCGCCCUCUCCCAGAUCGCAAAGGCCGCCCCCCGCGCUGCUUUCCCCCGUCCCGCGCAGCGCGCCUUCUCUACAACCCCCAUCAGCUUGAUACGCAAGUACACAAAGGACCACGAGUGGGUUGACCUCAACGCCGACAAGAAGACGGGCGUCGUUGGCAUUUCUGAGUACGCUGCCGAGCAGCUGGGCGACGUCGUCUACGUCGAGCUGCCCGAGGAGGGCGCCCAGGUCACCCAGGGCGACGCCAUCGGUGCCGUCGAAUCCGUCAAGAGCGCCGCCGACAUCAAUGCCCCCAUCAGCUGCAAGGUCACCCAGGUCAACGUCGGCCUCGAGGAGAAGCCCAGCACCAUCAACAAGGUCCCAGAGGACGACUCCCACGGCGGUGGCUGGAUUGCCAAGAUCGAGGUCGACGAGACCGGUGUCAAGGAGCUCGAUGCUCUCAUGAGCGAGGAGGAGUACAAGGCUUUCACCGCCUCCGACGACCACUAG